CAGAUCCGCAAGUGCGCCAGGUCGUGGAGGGCGGCGUCGGCGUGGCAUCAAUACGCAGGCGGUGCGCUAUGACAUGAGCACAAGGGGAGGCGGAGGGUUGAUUGAUCGUAGGUGCAAGGUUGCCUGUUGAUUGACGGGUUCCCGUAACCGUUCGGCGAAACGUGGGCAGUCAGCGCCGAUGUCAUAGCUUUUGGGCCCGCCAAGCACGGAUUCGAGAUGAUUGCGCUGUUGGACGUGUAUUGUCAACAAUUCUACCAAGCCUACAUAGUCUGAUCUCGAGCAUCCCCUCCCGACGUACGCAGCCACCCCGAACAGCCUCCUGUGACACUCGCCUCCCGUGCCACUGACUCCCGCGCCAGCUGCGACAGUCGCCUCCACCUCCGCAUCUUCUCCGCAACCUUCGAAAAUCACAGCCAUGGGUUGGUUCGGCUCAAGCUCCAAGGACGACGGCGGUGUCAAGAAGACAGACGGCGGCGCAUUCGAGUCACCGUCACGAUCCAACCGGAAGCAAUGCUAUGCAGCACGCGACGCCUUUUUCGAAUGUCUCGACAAGAACAACAUCUUGGAUAGCAUAAACUCAAAAUCCGGCAGGGACAAGGCCGCAAGCUUCUGCGCGUCUUUUGACCAGGAGUUCGAGAAGAAUUGCGCACACAGCUGGGUCGAAUACUUCAAGAAGCAACGAGUUGUAAACUACCAAAGAGAACAGACAAUCAAAAAGAUUGAGAUGCAAGGCGGAGAAAUUACAGCGCCGCAACUACCACUGCCGGGCCAGAACAAGUAGAUGAAGCAUGGCCCGACAGUCUUAAUAACGCCGCUCAUGACCAAUGUACAACAUGUAUACUACUCUCAAAGCGCUCGGAAAAAAGCGUUUGCAGCUGCCACACAGAAUGGUUUCCCCUGCAAUUCUAGACUUUCUACACUAAAGCGAAUAUGUCACUCAUACACUAUCUCGUCGAAUCCCAUGCAAGACAUC